AUGGGGUCUCAAAGGCCCAUAGAGCCCAUCCUCAUCCCCAGCUUCUCCGACAUACAGCUGCAAAAUCUGGAUGUCAACAAUCUCCUGGCCACAACGGGCCACACCAAAGAAUCGUCGAUCAACUAUAUACCCAGCCGGGUGCCCAGCUCCCGGGCCAGUUCCUCCUUGGAUCUUGAAUGGGAACAUGAAUACAGUCAAAUGCGUCACUACCAACAGCACAUGAUCAAACAGCGCACUCAAAUGCUCCAAUCGUAUCAGCAGCUACAAAUGAUGGAAAAGAAAAACUGUGAUGAAACCUCGGCGGACGAGUCCUGGCAUUACGUUAGCCGAGAUGGCGAAGUGGAAGAGGAUCAAUUGAACUCAAUGGCUUCCAUGUCAUCGAUGGCGGAACUGCCCAGUGAAGCUGAAGUGGAAAUGACCCGACAACGUUCGCACAUUCGUAACAAAGAUGCCCAACGUCCCGUGGAGAGAAGAACCCUUCUGCGCUCCAAUUCCCAUAUGCAGCGUUCCAUAACACGCAAUAGUUCGCAUAAUUCUUGGUCCCAUAUUUCCACACCCGAAUCCCUAGAAUGGGACGUGGAUGAGGAGCAACAAAAACAAAUGCAUGUCGAAGAUGAUAAUCUGGAUCAUGUGACCCUUAAGCUGCUGCAUCAAAUUGAGCAGCUGAAAAAUCGGGUACUUUACGAAACCGGUGAAGGGCUCUACAACAUCAUGGAUGAUAGCCAAGCGAUGGGCGACUAUGGGCUCAAUAAUAUGAAUGGCCAGCACACAAAUACAACAAUGGCCAUGUUCGGAAGGGGGCCCCCUUCCGGGACGGGCUUUCAAUUGGGCGACAGCGAUGGUGAAAAUGGCAACUACAGAUGAUUUGGGGUCAAAUAGAUUUCGGUUAAAAGCAAAAAAAAAUAUGUUAGGUUUGCCAUGGGGUCUCAAAGGCCCAUAGAGCCCAUCCUCAUCCCCAGCAGGGGGAAAUUCAGUUUUAGACAAAAAUAAAAAUUGCCAUAGU